GAUGGAAAUGGGCGUUACAGACUGCCAUGCCAUAUAUAGAGAUGGAGGUCGAGAUGGAGCAAGUCAAUUCAUCAACUAAUAACAGUUUGAUUGUAAACGACUUACAGACUGAGCAGUUGUCUCCACAAGAAUUAAAGGAAUUUGUUCUACAAGACUCAAUAGGAACAAGAAGGCCCUCAGUAUUAGAAAAGGAAUCAGAAACCUGUCAGUGUUGUACUCUCAAACCCAAAGGUAGAGCUUACAAGAAUGUCAUAGGAGCUGGAGUAUCUUUCACACUCACAUUUAGUGCACUCAUUGCUUUGAUUAGCCUACAAAGCAGUCUGAACGAGGCAGAGGGACUAGGAUAUGGCCAUUUAAUUGUUUACAAUGUAGUUUUCAUUGUCUUUGGUCUCUUUACGUCCUCUGUGAUCAACUUCUUAGGAACAAAAUAUUCAAUAAUAUUAGCAUACUUUUUCUCAUUGGCAUAUGCUGUAGCUAAUUUUUAUCCUCAAUGGUACACGUUAGUGCCUGCUGCAGUGUGUGGAGGAAUAGCACAAUGUAUCAUGCAUGCUGGAAAUAGCAUUCAUGUAACUAACAUGGCAAUAAAGUAUGCUCCAGCUCUUAAUGAGAAAACGGAUCAUUUGAUUGCUUUCUAUAAUGGAAUCAUAACAAUGUUCUUCAAGUUGUCCUAUAUACCUGGGAACCUGGCCACUACUGCAAUUCUGUUUAGUGAACGCAUUAGUGCUGGAAAGGAUAUCAUUGACACCUCAUUAGAACCAAUCUGCAACAACACAGAUGCUGCAAAUUUGGAUCAAACCUAUGUCUAUAUUCUCAUGUCAUCUUUUGUCUUGAUUAAUAUUGCAGCCAUAGCAAUAGCUUUUCUAUUCAUUGAUCAUCCUGGUACAAAACCAAGGAGAGGUAAUGCUCUUAAAUUUUACAUUAAGGAUCCAGUGGUGAGUACAUUGAAGAUGUUCACAGAGUGGAAGAUGUGUCUGCUAGUACUAAUGAUGCCACUACCAGCCUUCCUAACAGCAUCCAUACUUGGGAUAGUCCUUAAAUUCCUUAUUUCUGACUGCAUUGGUGUUCAUUGGGUUGGUCUCAUGACUAUGGGUUAUGGUAUUUGUAGUGCAUUGUCUGCUGUUGUAACUGGUCGUUUGUUUCGAUACGUUCCUCCAUUUCUUAUGGUAUACUUUUUCUCUGCUGUGAUGCUGGGGACCACUUUGUUCCUAUUGUUUUGGGAAAGAAGGCCAAGUUACUUGGUUCCAUUCCUCCCUCUACUCAUUCUUGGAUUGAGUGAAGGAAUGUGGUUUAAUAUUCCUCCAACACUAGUUGGAAUAUUGUUUCCUAAGAAUAAAGUACCAGCUUUCACUGCUAUUCGAAUGUCCCUUGGGAUUGGAUAUACUGCUGGAGUUGGAGUGCCACUAUUAGCUCCCAUAGAUGUCUCAUUCUGGAUAGCAAUCUCUCUAAUAGUAGUAUCAGUAGUGUCAUAUUCAAUACUUGUUUUUAUAACUCAUAGCAGAGAGCAACUUUUUCCUCUUUGCUAUCGCAAGAAAAGCAAUUGAUGUGAAUCUAUCAUUAUUACAGCGUGAGGAAAAUAUUAAUUGAUUGAGAAGUCAAAAUUUCAUGUAUUAUAUUAUUAGUUU